AUGCCUCAAAGGUCAAUAACAAGUAAAGAUAUCGCAUCAUUGCCACCGCCUGGUUUUAACCUAGCAGAAUCAAUACGAUUUAGUCCUGAUGACAACCUUAUAACUUAUCUUCGCUCUCCGAAUCAAACAUUAUCAAGACAACUUUAUGGAUAUAAUAUUCAAACAGAUAAAGAAUUUAUUUAUGCUGAACCUGAUGGAAAUAAUGAACAAGCAGAAGAUAAUCUUUCAAUGGAAGAAAAAACUUCGACGUGA